AUGGAUAUCUUGAUCCCUGAACCAGGAUCAAGGGCACCAUUGUAUGACCGUUUUCGCGAAUACGAAAUGGAGCUCUCAGAGCUUACAGGGGACCCGCCAGAAGCGAAGUACUUGUUCUUUGCAAAUCAUGUGCACGGCGCGGGAUGGGGAAACAUCAUGCAGGAGUUGCUUCUACACGCGUACACAGCAUACAGGUCGAACCGAACGUUUGUAUGGUAUGACAACGGAUGGAACACGGACGGCACGAAAUACACGUUCUACGACGGUAAACGGAUACCCUCAAGGAUACACUAUCAGCCCUCUUACAAGGUUUGGCCGCUCGUAGGUGCACAACCUAGGUCAAACCCCUCUGCGACCCGCCCGUUUGGCAUUUCAGAAGACUACUUCAAUGUUAUUUGCCCGUCCCAUUCACGUCGAAAGGUCGCGGCUGACCAAAUCUUCGCGCUCAUCGGACAUGAACCGACGGCUGCCUCAGUCGUUGACAAGAUGAUUGAUGUUGUGGGCGCCAUGCCCGAUAAAUGCGUUGAAGUGCCGAAGCCUAGUAGGAACCUUUUCGACGUCUUCAUUUUCGGCGACGGGCGGCGUCUGUUGGAUGUCUGGCCGGCUUAUUCGAAGUCACCCAUACUGCAGGAGUUCUUCUGGUCAUCGCUUGUCGAGCUGGCAUUUGACACGAACCGCGAGACGUUCUCGCCCACCUCGCCCUCAGCCACAACCCUCGGUUCCACUCCCCUCUACCCCUACUCUUCAGACGUGUCGCCGAGCGCACAGCGGUACACGCCUUUGCCCGGGUUGCUCGCGCUGCACGUCCGCCGCGGUGACUUUGCGGAGCACUGUAUUCACCUUGCGAAGUGGCGCUCGACUUAUGUCGGGUUCAACUCCUUUCCCGAGCUGCCGGACCGAUUCGAGUACUUGCCUAACACUUCGGAGCAAGAACGCAUACAGCUCUACCGCCCUCACUGUUAUGUCGAGGUGCUCGAUAUCGUCCGUCGCGUGCAGGAGAUCCGUGAGGCAGAGCGUGCGGCAGGGCGGGACGAACUACGGGACGUGUUCCUCAUGACGAACGCGCCACAAGAGUGGAUAGCGGAGGUGAAGGUAGCAUUGAAUGCGAUGCGGGGUCCCGCAUGGAGGUCCAUAUCGAGCAGCCGCGACUUAAUUGUUAAUCGGGAGCAACAGUAUGUCAAGCAGGCUGUGGAUAUGCUGAUCGGCCAACGGGCGCAGGUGUUUUUGGGCAAUGGGUUCUCGAGCUUGUCGGGAGCAGUGACGAUGUUCCGGAUGGCAAACGGCAUCUCUCCUGGUCAAUGUCGCCUCUUCUGA